AUCUUUGUCUCAUAAAGAAACAGUGAUGAGUUGGUCGGCUCUUUAAGAUCAGACCGGCGGGCACAUACUGUACAAACACUGUAAAGCUCCAGAGAUCAGCAGUAAUGGGUACUCUACUGGCUCGGGUUAUCAUCUGUUUUUGGAUAACUUUACCCUUCUGUGUUACAGAAAAAGUUCGGGAGCGAAAGUCCCGGCAGUCUGACCAGUAUCAAACAUGCCUUCAGGGGCCAUCUGGAGUGCAGGGCAGAGAUGGUAAUCCAGGGGUAAAUGGCAUUCCAGGCACCCCAGGAAUCCCUGGAAGAGAUGGACUUAAAGGAGAGAAAGGAGAGUGUGUGACAGAGAAGUUUGAGGAACCCUGGAAACCCAACUUCAAACAGUGUGCUUGGAACGCUCUCAACUAUGGUAUUGAUCUUGGCAAAAUAGCUGCGUGCACGUUCACUAAGAAGCGUUCAGACAGUGCCCUGCGUGUGCUGUUCAGCGGAUCUCUCAGACUCAAAUGUAAAACGGCCUGCUGUCAGCGCUGGUACUUCACUUUUAAUGGGGCAGAGUGCGCUGGACCGUUACCCAUAGAGUCCAUCAUUUAUCUGGACCAGGGCAGCCCUGAGCUGAACUCCACCAUAAACAUCCACAGAACAUCCACAGUUGAAGGACUCUGUGAGGGGAUUCAGGCUGGUCUGGUGGACGUUGGUAUUUGGGUGGGCACGUGUGCAGAUUACCCCCGUGGCGACGCAUCUACAGGAUGGAACUCAGUAUCCAGGGUGAUCAUUGAAGAGCUUCCAAAAUGAGCAUUUCAAUAUCAUGGCAGUAGAUCAAUUACAAAUAAGUAGACCUUUACAAAAAUAAUGUUUUUAACACUACAACCAAGUACUGCAAAUACCUUGGUAAAUGAAUUUGGUAAUAAAACAGUACCAUGGUACUCCCACAGAACUUUUUUGUAAGGGUUCGAAAAUAUCCAGGGGCCUCAUUUAUUAAACUGUGCGUAGGAUCCUACGUGCGUCUACGUAUGCACAAAAGCCGAAAAUGGCAUACGGCAAAAAAUAUUAAGAAUGAUUAAACAAAGCAGUGUUCCCUUUAUAAAUCACAGAUCACCUGCAAGUGUGCGUACAUGAAUCAUCAUCAGAUCCCACCCUUUCUUCUGUCAAGUUUGUUUUUUUAUAGAUCACAACCUUUGUGUGGAAACUGGCGUAUACACGUUUCCAGCCCCGUUUUUUGUGUACGCAAGCUUUAUAAAUGAGGCCCCUGGUCUUUACCUUGUGUGCUCAGACAAGUUUAUUUUUUAUCCAUUUGAUUUUAUAUUAAUGCAGUAACAUACUGUUUACGCUUUUGUACCUAGUUUUGUUAAAAUAUUCCUGAUUGUUUUAAUACACUUCAAAUGUUUUCCAAAAAUUAAACAAUUUUAAAGUUAUUAAAACA